AUGGGGCUCGGACAAUCCAGCAAGGCUCCGGUCACGGAUGACACGGACGAGGUCAAUUUCGACCACUUCCAGAUCUUACGGGCAAUAGGAAAAGGGAGCUUCGGAAAGGUCUGUAUCGUGCAGAAGAAGGACACUAAGAAGAUGUACGCCAUGAAGUACAUGAACAAGCUGAAGUGUGUGGAGCGGAACGAAGUGAGGAACGUCCUGAAGGAGCUGCAGAUCAUGAAGAACCUGGAGCAUCCGUUCCUGGUCAACUUCUGGUAUUCCUUCCAGGAUGAGGAGGACAUGUUUAUGGUUGUGGACCUGCUCCUGGGAGGUGACCUGCGCUACCACCUCCAGCAGAACGUCCACUUCUCAGAGAGCACUGUCAAACUCUACAUCUGUGAAUUGUCCCUGGCUCUUGGGUACCUCCGCACCAAGCGCAUCAUACACAGAGACAUCAAACCUGACAACAUACUACUGGACGAGCAUGGCCAUGUCCAUCUCACAGACUUCAACAUCGCAGCUAUCGUCAAAGAGGACCUAAAAGCAACGUCCAUUGCUGGGACCAAGCCAUACAUGGCUCCUGAGCUCUUUCAGACCUGUGAGGGUUCCCACCCGGGCUACUCCUUCUCUGUCGACUGGUGGUCGCUGGGGAUCACAGCCUAUGAACUACUAAGAGGACAGAGACCAUAUGUGAUGAGAUCCAGCACACCAGCUAAUGAGAUCCUUCAGACCUUCCACAAGGUCCAUCCCAGCUACCCAGCAGGCUGGUCUCUGGAGAUGAAGUCUCUUCUCAGAAAGUUGCUCUGCAUAGAUGUCCAGAAGCGCAUUUCCUGCCUAGCUGAGCUGCAGGAUCUGGACUACAUGUCAGACGUCAACUGGGACGCAGUGCUCAGCAAACAUCUUCCUCCAGGCUUUAUUCCCAAUAGGCGGAGGCUAAACUGUGACCCCACAUUUGAGCUGGAGGAAAUGAUCCUGGAGUCCAAACCGCUUCACAAGAAGAAGAAACGGCUCGCUAGGAAGACCAAGGACCAGGGAUCUGAUGGGUCUCCGCAGAACGGUCAGAUGCAGCAGCGAAUGGAUAACGUCCAGAGAGACUUCAUCGUCUUCAACAGAGAAAAGUAA